AUGCCCAUCCUCGGCCUCAAGUCUAACGGCCCUGCCACCCCCGCCCACUUUGCGCUGGAGCCCCUUGUCCGCCCCAACAUCCUCACGCUCGUGCCGUACCGUGCCGCGCGCGAUGACUACUCGGACGGUGUGCUGCUCGACGCCAACGAGAAUGCGUACGGCCCUUCGCUCCCUUCGCACACCGCUACGGAUGCCACACCUGGCGCGUCGGCGCUCGCACUCAUGAAUGAAAAGGAGAUUGCGUCGCUCAACCGCUACCCUUCGCCGACGCACGACGACCUCAAGCGCCGUAUCGCAUCCAUGCGCGGCCUCCCUUCCGAGGACUGGGUCUUCCUCGGUGUCGGCUCUGACGAGGUCAUUGACAUGCUUUAUCGCGUCCUCUGUGUGCCUGCCAAGGACAAGGUGUUGACCACCCCGCCCACCUACGGCAUGUACGCCGUGUCCGCCCAGAUCAACGACGUUGGUGUGGUCAAGGUCCCUCUUAUCACCGAGGGCGGUGCGUUCCAGCUUGACGAGAAGGCGAUGGACGAGGCGUUCAAGGCCAACCCCGACCUGAAGAUGCUCUUCAUCUGCUCGCCCGGUAACCCUACCGGCACUCUCAUCCCGCUUGACGUGAUCAAGCGCGUCGCCGAGAACACGCUGUUCAAGGGCGUCAUCGUCGUCGACGAGGCAUAUAUCGACUUUGCCCCCGAGGGCACCAGUGCCGUGGAGCUCGUUCAGCAGUACGCCAACAUUUGCGUGUCGCAGACCAUGUCCAAGUCGUUUGGCCUCGCCGCCAUUCGCUUGGGCUACCUGCUGGCCUCGCCCGAGCUCGUUCAGAUCCUCACAAACGCAAAGGCGCCGUACAACGUGUCGCUGCCAACUGCGUCGCUCGGCCUUGCCGCCGUGUCCGACGAGGGCCGGGCCGUCAUGGCUCGCAACACCAUCACGCUUAACGCCAACCGCACCAAGCUCAUUGCCGACCUGCAGCAGCUGCCCUCCAUCGGCCGCGUUCUCGGCGGCAACGACGCCAACUUCAUCCUUGCCGAGGUCCUCGACGCCCCCGGCGGCAAGCCCAGCAACCCCCGCGCCGUCUCGGUGUACAAGCAGAUGGCCGAGACCAAGGGUGUGGUCGUGCGCUUCCGCGGAGGCGAGAUUGGCUGUGAGGGCUGCCUGCGUAUCACCAUCGGUACCGAGACUGAGUGCGCGACCGCCAUCGCAAGGUUGGCCGAGCUGCUGGCGUAG